AUGAAUUCGGUCCUGUCGAGAGCUAAUGCGAUCUUUGCAUUUACUUUGUCUGCUUUGGCCGUUUUGACGUUCGGCUGCUUUUUCUCGACCACCUUCAAUACCAACCUAACAGAUGUUAAAAUUGUUUCCACCAAGGCUCUCGUCAAGAACGUUCCAGAUUAUGCUGCCACACGAGAAAAAAAUGACCUAGGGUUCCUCAACUUCGAUAUUGAGGCAGAAAUGACAAAAAUUUUCAACUGGAAUGUCAAACAGCUAUUCAUUUUUCUGACUGCCGAGUAUGAGACACCAAAUAAUAAAAUCAAUCAAGUUGUGAUCUGGGAUAAAAUAUUAAAGAGAGGUGACUCUGCCAUCUUGGAUUACAAAGAUAUCAAGGCCAAAUAUUACUUCUUUGAUGAUGGACAUGGCCUGAGGGGCAACAAGAACGUGACCUUGACAUUAUCAUGGAACAUCAUUCCAAAUGCUGGGACGUUACCCUUUGUCAAGAGCCAGGGCAGUCACAGGGUGGAGUUUCCCGAUGAAUACUUUAGUCAUAGGAUUCUAUAA